GGAAGGGUAGAUAUAUAGCUUUGGAGAUCCUUUCAGCUGUUCUUCAAACCCUCUUGAGAUCAAACACUCCCAACUACCAAGCCAUAGAUAUCAGACAUUAUUCAUCAUGAAGUAUAUCAUCUACACUUCCUUCUUAGCCCUCCUCAUUUCGAUCUCCUCUCUCUCCCAAGUUAUUGUUGCAGAGAAGGCCAACAAUGCCUUAGCAGACAGGUCCAUUACCACCACAAUGACAGUUUCUCUCACAUUAUACAGUACGACCUAUGUCACCCGCCCCAUCACAACCACUACUGCGAAACUAGAAUCGGGCGUUUUGACUCUCACCCCCUCCGGACCCCUAACUACCUCCACCAAGAUCUACACAGAAACAGAGUCGUACCGUGGCACAGGUCCUUCAGGCGAGAUCGUCAUCACCUGGUUCACCAGGACAGUGACUGAGUUGUUUACCUUUGGCACCUCUCAUCAAAUUCCAACAGAUACACAAGACGGGGGCUUUGUUGGAUUAACCCGGGUUUCAACGCCUACACUCGCGGCUGCAAGCACAUUAAAUACAGUAGCUCCUAGUACGCCAUAUGGAGAGCAGUUCUUUUCAACUACAUUCCCUGGAGAAACAGAACCUACAACUGCUCCUACUGCGCCUUAUGGAGAGCAGCCUACUUCAGGAGAGCAGCCUACUUCAACUUUGAGAGCUGCUGCUCACAGACUUGGUGAUAGCUUGGGCAGGGCCUUGCCGCUGGAGUUGCGGCUUUGUCGAUCUGAGUCCGUGGGGCGGGGACGGACUUUUUAAUUCGUAGCUUUAGGGCUGCAGGGCUGCGAGCAGAUCUCUGAGAAAUGUAUUUUUAACAUAAUAAAAAUCAUGUGCAGUCAAGCUUUUGUCUUGGGGUUGAGAUGGAAGUGUAGAGAGUGAUACCACCAUCUGGCUUGUACGAUUUCUGUCCUGUGCUUCCAAACCUUGCGAUUUAAAGUGUGUGAAGUGAAUGUAUAUUCAAACGUCUAUUCACAAAAGUCUAGGCUCGCACCAGGUCAAUUGAAGUAUGAUGAAAGUCAUGACAUCUUGACUUGACUGGAUAGUCAUCCUUGGUGAUUCAGAGCAUGAAGGCCAGUGAUUCGAAGAGGGUCCUGGAGAUACAUAACAAGGAUUUCUCCGCACAAUGAUCAGCGGACGAACGGAGAGGCUGAUUUGGUGUUAACGAUUGAAUGGCU